AUGUCAUAUAAAUUCGAUCCAGCACUUUUAGAAAAAAGAAUAGUUAGAGAUGAAAUAGAUACGAGAUACAGAGCUAGCGACCAACUUUUACAAAAUGCAGUUAGAAAGAAACCAAAUGUACUUGGUGAGAAGAAACAAACUGUAAGAAAACCAAGUAAUGGUACAAUUAGAAAUCGAAGAGGUGGUGAUGAUGAUGAUGACGACGAUGGAUCACCUGUUAGAAGGACAAAAGGUUCAACUCAAACUAAACAACAAUUUGAAAAAAAAUCACAAACACCACCAAAACCAAUUAUAGAUAAGAGUAGUUUUAUUUGGAAUAUUCCAUUAAAGAAAAAGGAUGUACCAAUAGAUGAUGAGGAUGAUGAUGAAGAGGAUAUUAAAGAUCGUAAUAAAAAAAAGCCAAUUACCACCUCUUCCUCUUCCUUCUCCUCUCCAAAACCUAUAUCAUCAAUGUCUUCAUCAAAAACAACAACAACAACAACAACAACAACAACAACAGGUAGAUCAACAACAACAUCAACAUCAACAUCAAACAUUUCAUCAGAUUUAUUUAAAACAAAUGUAACAACAAAAUCAACAUCAUCUAACAGCAACGGCAAUAACAAUAAUAAUAAAUCAACUACAUCAUCAACAACAGCAUCUAAAUCGACAGCAUCAGAAUCUAAAUCAACAACACAAAAUAAAAAACCAGCACCAAGACCAGCACCAAAACCAGCACCAAGACCAGAACCAAAACCAGCAUUAAUUCCAUCAGCACCAAAAGUAGCAAUAAUACCAUCAACUCAAGCAGUAAUGAAUUUUGGUAAUAGUGGUAAUGCAUACGUUAGAAAAGUUCAACCUACUUAUGGUAGAUUUGCAUUUAAUAAUUAUGAUUCAACAUCAUCAUCAACAUCAUCACCAACUACAACAAAAAAUUUAUUAGGUGCACCAUUAAUUUCAAAACCUUUAGAGGCACCAUCAAAAAAAAUACCAACCACAAUAGUAACAUCCACUUCAAACUCUUCAUCAGUAUCACAAAAGCCGACCUCUUCAUCAGUAUCAUCCAAAACAUCAGGUAAAAGAAAUAGUAAAUAUUCUGAUGAUGAAAGUGAUAAUGAUGAUUAUUUUGGUGAUAAAGAAUAUAAUAAAUCUAGAAAAGUAAAUUCAUCUUCAUCACCGUAUAGUGGUAGAAAUAAUAAUAAUAAUAAUAAUAAUAAAAAUAAUAAUAGUAAUAGUAAUAGUAAUAAAAAUAAUAAUAGUAAUAGUAAUAAUAAUAAUAAUAGAAAUAGUCAACGUAGUAAUAAUCAUAAUAAUAAUAAUAAUAAUAGUAGAGGUGAUAGAUAUUCAGAUGAUGAAGGAGAUGAUUAUUAUUCAGAGGAAGAAGAGGAUGAUGAUAGUUUUAUUGAUGAUGAUGAUGAAGAUGAAAGAGAAGUUAAAUCAUUUUUAUCAAAGAUUAGAAAAAGUAAAAAUCGUUAUGUUGACGAUGACGAUUUCGAUGAUCGUAAUAUGUUAACAAGACAUGAUGAUCUCCAAAGAGAGGAAUCUAAAUCUCUUUUCUUGGCAAGAAAUGAAGAUAGAAAAUAUGAAGAGUUGGAAAAUAAAAUGAAAAGAGAAAAAGAAGAAAAGAAAAGAAAGUUUUAUGAGCAACAACAAAAAAGAAAAUAA